AUGUCCCAUUAUCUUAAUAAUUAUAAGAGGUUUGUACCGGCGGCAUCUAACACGACUUCUACGGCUGGAUCGAGAGGAGAGUCGUUAAACUCUGUUCCUCCACCCAGCCAAAUCGCAGCUCCAGUAAACUACAAUACCAAUCCUCUUUCUGCUGCUAAAGAGAAAGAGAGACAGAAGGAGUUGGAGUAUGCCAAUUUGAUGUAUCAUGGUUCUAAAUCAGAACACAAAUCCCGAAGAAGGAAGUUAUACGAUGACGAGUAUCUAGAGGGAGAAGAUUCUGAUGAAGAACAAAGUUCUUCCAAGCGCUCAACAUCAAAGAAAGCACCUGCACCUGAACCUGAACCACAAGAUGAAGAAGAUGAUCUUGAUGCUUUCAUGAGUGAAAUCAAUGCCCAAGCAUCAAAAGAUAAAGCUGAGUCUGUUAGGAAAGAACUGAACAGAAAGGCCGGACAAGAUAUUGAAGCUCCCAAGAAAGGAAUGGGAAGAGCAGAUUUAGAAGCAGAAGAUAUGCAAGAGUCAAUGAUGCAGUACUUGCAAACGAAACAAGAAAGAGAAAAGGAAGAAGAAGAGAUCUAUGAAUACGAUGAAGACGGAAACAUCAUUUGGACUUGGAAAAAGGUUAUCGACCCCCUACCUCCGAUUGAUCAUUCUACUAUUGAAUAUUCCGAGUUCCAUAAGAAUUUCUAUGUGGAGCAUGAUGACAUCAAAGCACUUAAAAAGUUUGAAGUUUAUAAACUGAGAGAAGAGCUCGGUAUCCGAGUAGGUGGAAUGGACGUUCCUCGUCCGGUUUGUUCUUUCGGGCAUUUCGGAUUUGACAAGGGCCUUAUGGAGUUGAUUCGCAAAAGCGAGUUUGAAAAACCAACCCCCAUCCAAUCGCAGGCUAUUCCCGCUGCUCUCAGCGGAAGAGACGUUCUAGGAGUCGCUAAAACUGGAAGUGGUAAAACUGCUGCUUAUCUCUGGCCAGCUAUUACCCAUAUUUUGGAUCAGCCUGAGCUGAAAGAAGGCGAAGGCCCGAUCGCUUUGAUUGUUGUACCUACUCGUGAAUUGGCUCUCCAAGUCUACCAAGAAGCUAAAAGAUUCUGCAAACCAUAUAAUAUCAACGUUAUUUGUGCUUACGGAGGAGGUAACAAAUGGGAACAAAGUAAUGAAUUGAUGAACGAUGGAGCUGAACUCGUUGUCUGUACUCCCGGAAGAAUGAUUGACCAUAUAAAGUUAGAAAACACCAACUUCCUAAGAACAACGUUCUUGGUCUUCGACGAAGCUGACCGAAUGUUUGACCUGGGCUUUGAAGCUCAAGUCAUGUCCAUCUCGGACCAUAUUCGUCCAGAUAGACAAUGCUUGAUGUUCAGUGCUACCUUCAAGCAGAAAGUUGAGAGAUUAGCUCGCGAUGCACUACAAGAUCCUGUACGGAUAGUACAAGGUCAUGUGGGAGAAGCAAACGCUGACAUUCUCCAAAAAGUAGAGAUUUUGUCUGAUAGAGACGCAAAAUGGACCUGGUUGACAUCACAUUUGAUUGGAUUCGCAUCAGAGGGUAAAGUACUCAUUUUUGUAACGAAAAAAAUGGAUGCAGAAGAAGUUGCUCGCAAACUUCGAUUACGAGAUAUCAAAUUGGUGUUACUUCACGGAGACAUGCAGCAAGCAGAGAGAAACGAGCAUCUGCUUUCUUUCCGGAAGGAUAUCAAAGUCAUGGUUGCCACCGAUAUUGCAGCUCGUGGUCUUGAUAUUCCCGAAAUCAGGACAGUAAUUAACUAUGAUCUUGCUAGAGAUAUUGAUACUCACGUGCACAGAAUCGGUAGAACCGGAAGAGCAGGUCAACAAGGAACAGCUUACACUUUAGUAACUGAUAAAGAUUUCGAGAUGGCUGGACAUCUUGUCAGAAACCUGGAAAGUGUCAACCAAGAAGUUUCUGAAGAGCUCAUGGCUAUUGCGAUGAAAUCGCAAUGGUUCCAAAAACAAAGAAAUGGAGGUACUAAAACUAAAGCCCAAGCUCGAACUGGGUUAGGAUACAAACCAAGAGAAAGAAAAACUGGAGGAGGAGGAGCUAAUUUUGAUCCUCUGAAAGAUACAGGCAGAACAGUAAAAGACAUAAUGAAAUCCGCGUCUCAAGCUGGUUCUGCGACUAAUAAGCUGCAAGCUAUGAAAGCUGCUUUCAAGAGUUCUUUCCAAUCGACUUUUAAGGCGUCUGAUAUUGAGCCAAGCAGAUUACUAGCGGCGGAAGCGUCAGACCCUCGUCCUGAAUGGAAGAAGAAGAUUGAUGAAAUCAACGCAAAAAUAGCGGCUGAGAAAGAUUCUCAGUUCAACUCUUCGUCAUCGUCGUUGUCUCAUAGCGACAAAAAAAAAAGUCGUUGGGAAUAA